AUGGAGUACACAUUCAGAGCAGUGACUCACAGCACAGGGAUUAUAAUCUGGAGAAUUGAGAAAAUGGAGCUGGUACAAAUCCCAGAGAAAUCUUAUGGAAACUUUUAUGAGGGUGACUGCUACCUACUGCUAUCUACUCAGAAGGUGAGCAGCUCUCUGUGUUAUGACAUCCACUACUGGAUCGGCUCGCAGUCCACUCAGGAUGAACAGGGUGCAGCUGCUGUUUACACCAUACAGCUCGAUGAAUUUCUGGGCUCCACUCCGGUCCAGCACCGCGAGGUUCAGAACCACGAGUCUGAUGCCUUUAAGGGCCACUUCAAACAGGGAGUAAUCUAUAAGAAAGGUGGAGUUGCAACAGGCAUGAGGCACACAGAAACCAACACCUACAACGUGAAGAGACUGCUUCAUGUCAAAGGGAAGAAAAGAGUGAUUGCAACAGAGGUGGAGAUGAGCUGGACAUUCUUCAACCUCGGAGAUGUGUUCUUGUUGGACAUUGGCAAGACCAUCGUUCAGUGGAACGGACCGAAGUGUAACAAACAGGAAAAGCUUAAAGGCAUGCUGUUGGCCAAAGACAUCCGAGACAGAGAGAGAGGAGGUCGGGCGGAGAUCCGAGUGAUCGAGGGUGACGCGGAGAGCGGCUCUCCUCAGAACAUGGAGAUCCUGAAUGGUGUUCUUGGAAACAGAAGCUCCGUGCUGACUGAUGGACCUCCAGAUGAAACUGCUGACCAGGAACAGAAAGCAAAACUCACACUUUACCAUGUGACAGAUGCCGAUGGUCAGAUGAAGGUCACAGAAGUCGCCUCCAGACCUCUGGUUCAGGAUCUCCUCAAGCAUGACGACUGCUACUUCCUGGAUCAGGGAGGGACGAAGAUCUUUGUUUGGAAGGGGAAGAAAGCCAACAAAGCUGAGAGACAGGUUGCUAUGGCCCGAGCUUUGGAGUUCAGCAAAGGGAAAAACUACCCGAUCACUAUAAAUGUGGAGACGGUGAAUGACGGGGCAGAGUCAGCUCUCUUCAAACAGCUGUUCCAGAGGUGGACUGUAAAGGGCCAGACUCAAGGUCUGGGCAAAGUGCAUACAAGAGGGAAAGUGGCUCAUAUCACUCAGGAAAGGUUUGAUGCUUCUCUGAUGCACACCUUGCCAGAGGUCGCUGCACAGGAGCGAAUGGUGGACAAUGGAUCAGGUGAAAUAGAGGUGUGGAGAAUUGAGGAUCUGGAGCUUGCCCCCGUGGACCCUCAAGGGUACGGAUACUUCUACGGAGGAGACUGCUACCUGAUCCUCUACACUUACUUGGUUAACAGAAAGAAGUGUUACCUGCUCUAUAUAUGGCAGGGUCGUCAUGCGACACAGGAUGAAGUGGCAGCUUCAGCUUUUCAGGCCGUGGACUUGGAUCAGAAGUACGGUGAUGAGCCAGUUCAAGUGAGAAUAACAAUGGGCAAAGAACCAAGACACUUUAUGGCGAUGUUCAAGGGUAAAAUGGUCAUCUUUGAGGGGGGAACAUCUAGAAAAGGGUCCUCUGACCCAGAGCCACCGAUAAGGUUGUUCCAGGUUCACGGUUCUGACGCAUCCAACUCAAAAGCCAUUGAAGUUCCUGCGCUGGCCACUUCUCUGAACUCCAAUGAUGUAUUUCUACUAAAGUGCCAAUCAGGAAUCUAUCUGUGGUGUGGGAAGGGAUCAAGUGGAGAUGAGAGAGCCAUGGCUAAAGAGGUGAGCUCUGUGAUUGGCCAGAACUCAGAUCAAGGCUCUGAGGAGAUGGUGGCCGAGGGUCAGGAGCCCAUUGAAUUCUGGGAGUUGCUCGGAGGGAAAGCCCCCUAUGCUAGUGACAAGAGAUUACAGCAGACGGUUUUAGACUACCAGCCGCGCCUGUUUGAAUGCUCCAAUAAGACGGGCCGUUUCAUCGUGACCGAGGUGUCUCAGUUCACACAGGACGACCUCAAUGAGGAUGAUGUCAUGCUGCUGGACACAUGGGACCAGGUGUUUCUCUGGAUCGGUAAAGAGGCUAAUGAGGUGGAGCGUAAAGAAGCAGUGGUGACCAGCCAAGAGUACCUGCACACCCACCCGGGCGCCAGAGACCCAGACACCCCCAUCGCCUUGAUCAAGCAGGGAUUUGAGCCGCCCACCUUCACUGGGUGGUUCACGGCCUGGGACUCCUCCAAGUGGAGUGGCGGAAAGAGCUAUGAGGAGUUGAAGAAGGAGUUGGGAGAUGAAGCAUCACCAGUUACUGUUACAACUGAGCAGAGCUGUGUUGAAAGUGAGAAAAUCGUUCAGUCUUUUCCAUCCGAUGACUUGAUCUACAAGCUGACCAGCGAGCUGCCUGAAGGUGUUGACCCAACCCAGAAAGAGAAAUACCUGUCCGACUCCGACUUCAACAACAUUUUUGGGAUCACCAAAGACGACUUUGCCUCCAUGCCGCGGUGGAAACAACUGAAGAUAAAGAAAGACAAGGGGAUGUUUUGA